AUGGCCUUUGUCCAACCGCAGAGUUCAGCGUUUCUAGGGCUGUGGAGUUCUUUUGUCUUUUUUCGUAUACCGCAUAUACCUCGACCAUCUCCGACAGGCACAGUGCGCAAAGUUGUCCGUGAAUAUGGUAGUCUAUUUGACCUCUGCCAUCAGUUGAAGGCUGGUUUCAAUUGUGGCAAGCCCGCAUCGCGACCAAGGUUGAAAACGGGAGGCCACACGAGCUCAGCCACCUCAACAGAUGUCCUCAUUCCUUUCCAGAGUUAUAGAGUCAUGCUGGAGAUUGUUUUCAUAUACGGAAUAUGGAGCAUCUGUUUACAUAUCUUAAACCUUCUGUCGUGCCACGACACAGUUAUCGCGUUGGAAUUUCCAGUGAUCCCAUGGCUUAAUGAAGGUCAUGCCUCAAGCCUCCUGGAGUCCCUCAAAAGGGCCCCAACGUCUUCGAGGAAGAACGAACGAAACGUCCGUCGCACUUCGUCCAGGCUCGUGGGUCUCAUGCUGCCAGUUCUCUUGUCUUUUGAUUCUUUGUCUGUUAAACUUCGGCUGCGGGACCUCGUAAGCGGAAUGGCUUGGAGAUUGUGA